AUGUCACGCCGUGUUUAUCAGCCGCCUCGCUGCACCGGCGGGAGUCGCCGUUCUUCGUCGUCCUCGCCGUGGCCGCUGCUUUGGCUGCUCUGCGCCGUCGCGGCCGUGUGCCUUUUUCCCGCAACCGCCUUGGCGCGUCUGGCGGAGAUUGACGCGUACUUCGACGCCAUACGUCGCGGCGACGCGGGGGUCUUCGCCGGGGCCGUCGUCACGUGGGGCGGGGACGGCGUUGACGCCACCGCGACCACGGCGCUCGGCAGCCAGGCGGUGGUGGGCAAAACGAUCCCCAUGACCCCCGCCGCAAGCUUCCGCGCAAACACCCUCUCCGAGCUCUUCGUGGACAUGACGGUGGUGUACUUGGAGAACACCAGUGCCCUGCCUUUUCUGCGCAUGCAGACCAUUCCCCCCGAAUUUUUGCCGCCCCCCUACAAUGCGACGGUGGCGUUCCAGAACCCGCUCUUCCCCGCCGCCGUCGUCUCGCUCGCCACCCUGCUGCUGCACACCUCCUCACUCACCGAGGCGGGGUUCCAGAGCGGGGCGGUGCAGACGCCUGGAACGGUGGAAAGUAACACCGCCUUUGUUGAGCGCGUCUUUGCGGAUGCAGCGGACGGAGAUCUGUGGGGCACGGUGGAGCCGGGGCUUGGAGACAGCUACCGCCACUCCCGACUCAACACGGCGUUGGUGACGUACAUCCUGGACAAAGUCCUCGCCGCGGGGCACCCGCCGACCUCUGCGGCGGCGUUUAUCCAAAACACGUUUCUCUCCCCGAUGGGGCUCAGUGAAACAUUUCUUCUGGACCAUGAGGGAAACGUCCCGGCGCCUGCGUAUCCCGCCGGCGCCGCUGCCUCCCUCACAGGGCGCGCUGUGCAGGAUGUCACCGCCGAUGGCACCGCAGUGGCGCCGUCCGUCACGAUUCACGCCGCCUAUACGGCCGACUACAUGUACUACACCAGCGCGCUAGACCUUGCGAAGCUGGCGUACGAGCUCUUCCUCGGUGGCCGCUACACGGUCGUUGGGGAGGCCUUGAAAAGUGGCACCGUCAGCCUCCGCAAAAGCAAACGCACCGCACCCGGCGUCGUCUCGCGCUCGCUCGGCGUCUACGGUUUUGACCCUGCACUUCUGUGUGAGGAGGUGCAUCUCAAUCGUAGCUGCGACUUUGGCGACGGUGUGCAGCUCUACGGCUGGGCGGUGACUGGAGAGCGCAAUCAGGUCACACUGCUCUGCCGCAAGGACAAGUGCGUGGCGGCUGAAGUAAGUUACUUCACAACUGAUGUCCCGCCCGACCCUUACGGCUUAGGACUUGCCAUGUCUUCGCUCACGCAAAGAGGAGGGCCGCCCCAGCUUGAGGGCGGUGGGCUUUACCCGUUGUACGUCUUUAUCGGUGUCAUGGCGACAAUCAUCGUGGUCGUCGCAGGGAGCUACGUCGCUGACUACAUGGUGCAGCCCGCCCCCGCGAGGGCACCCAUCCCGAUGCAGAAAUCCAACACCAUCCCACUGCCGACGAAUGGCGCAGGUCCGGGAGACACAUCCAUGCCGCUGCGCGAGCAAGAGAGUUACCUCCCACAGGGGAUUUCCUCGCCUGUGCGACGGUUAGACAUGUACGACUAG